CACAGACAGUAAUCAAAUAUGGCGGUUGUCGUCAGUCAAACUUGAUUCUUUUCGGCACUUGUUUAUGCACUUCGUUUCUUCCAGGUAAAAAAGAAACAAAAAAAAAUAUGGCUUCAAUUUUUCGGGCUUCUCUCCGCCCGUUUUUUCGAGCUGUUGAUCAAACAUUCUUUCCAAGAAGCUGUCCCGUGCGUUGGAAAUCUGCAUCGUCACAAGCUCAGGUUAGUUAUGCAGGCAUCAACGAUGACAUAAGAGGAGCCUUUGAGCAAAUAGUAGGUGGAAAAAAUGUUUCAUCUGCAAUGGUUGUAAGGGAACAACAUGGGAAAGAUGAAUCACACCACAAAUGUCAUCCUGCGGAUCUUGUUGUGUGGCCAACUAACAGAGAACAAGUCAUCCAAGUGGCCAAGCUCUGUAAUGAUUAUUGUAUUCCAUUGAUUCCUUUUGGAUCUGGAACAGGCCUGGAGGGAGGUGUUGUUGCAAAAAAGGUGCCAAAUGUCUUGUCAUCAUUUUCUGACGUCAAGUCAGCUGUGGAUGCUGUGGUAGAAAUUCUACAGAGUGGCAUUCCCAUGGCUCGUAUUGAAUUUCUUGAUGAUGUGCAGAUUGAUGCUUGUAACAAGUUCUCAGGACUGAAUUACCCUGUAACUCCAACACUGUUCUUGGAGUUUCAAGGGUCAGAGAAUGGGGUCAAGGAGCAAGCCUCUGUCGCAGGUGAGAUUAUUGAAAGUAAUGGUGGGUCUAAGUUCCAGUGGGCCACAGAAAUUGAAGAGAGAAAUAAAUUGUGGAAGGCACGACACAAUGCAUGGUAUGCUGACAUGGCUCUUAGACCUGGUUGUAAGGGAGUAUCAACAGAUGUCUGUGUACCCAUCUCACGACUGCCAGAGAUUAUCGUGGAAACUAAAGAAGAUAUCAUGGCUUCUAACUUAAUUGCCCCUAUUGUUGGGCACGUGGGCGAUGGAAACUUCCAUUGUUUUAUUCCCGUAAAACCGGAUGACGAGGAAGAACUCCGGGUAGCGAAGGAAUUCACCCUCAGAUUAGGAAGACGAGCCCUUGCCAUGGGAGGCACGUGUACUGGAGAACAUGGUGUUGGGUGUGGCAAGCAAGCUCUGUUACCUGAAGAGAUUGGUGCAACGGGUGUGCAAGUCAUGAAAGACAUAAAGAACUUGUUCGACCCGAAUGGGAUUAUGAACCCUGGAAAAGUAUUCAUAUAAAAAAGGCGAUCUCUCGUGUUACACACAACGAAACAUAGAAACAAACUUAAGUUAUACAUAAUCAUAAACGAGAGGAAAUAAAUGAGUGAUUACUAGUUGUUCUAAACUGGAUAAAUGAUCGCUAAUCACUAGACUCCGUUCUGAGUAUAAGUUAUACCUCUUACUAAGUAAUUCUUCUUUUCUUACUUAUCCAGCAAAAGUUACCAAACGUGAAAUAGAUUUAAAGAUUACGGAAGAGAUAUGCAUAUAGUCAGAGAGGUGUUGUUUAAAAUUAGUGUCCGUAAAUCAACUGUGUAACUUUUGUGUUCUUUAGAGGGGUAAAUGUUUUCCAAGUUCCGAAAUGACUAUCAAUUGAUUACUCGCUACCGUAAUUUCAAGGCGACUAAGUUAACUCUUUAACUCCCAAGACCUCAUUAGUAAUUCUCCUUACUGUCUGCCAUACAGUUCUCAUGAUGUUAGUUUGGAGAAUUUGGUAUUGGAUAAGCUUAUAAUCCCCUAACUGAUAUUUUUCUCUAUUCUCAUCACUUGUCUGCUUGAUAUUGUAAUGAUAUUGUGAGGAGAAAUUCUGUCUUGGUCGUUCAUGGGAGUUAAAGGGUUAAAAGGUUUAUGUUAACCAGCGCACAAGAAUCGAAAGAAAUGGCUUUUUUCCGUGGAGCUUUUGUACACUCAAAUGGUUAUCGCCUUUAGAAAUAUGUAAAAAAAAAACAAAAGACAAAAGCAAACAAACAAACGAACAUUUAAGUACUCUAUUCAUCCUGGUGACAGAGGGGAAAAAGAAACACAUUAACUACUUCUUGAAGCCCGCAGAAAGAAGUUAAUUUCGAACCCUGGUGUUUUAUUUAGCGGUUGAAAAUUGUAAGAUUUUUUUCUUCGAAUGUGCAACGUCGCGCAUAUAAAACGAUAGUGCGGGGGGAGAACGAGAGGGGUUUAUAAUCAGUUUGUAAGUAACUCACUUAUCUUUCGAUUUGUGCAGAGGUAGUUGCAUCGUAGAGUUAAAAUUAUUGGAUGGAACAAUAAUCCUAUAAGAUUAAAAUGAUUAGUUUUUUACUGAGUAUGUGAGCAAUAUUAUACAAUAAACAUUUACUCAAAGGAUA